UGCUAUGAAAUCAAAAUGUUUUUCAAUUGUAGUUUUUAGUGUUGUUCGUUAUUUAUUUUGAAUGUAUAAAGUGGACUGUGAUUUUUAUUUUAUGAUAUUAUGGCCAAUGUAGAUUGUGAUGAAAUCGACUCACAAAUAAUAGCCGAAAAUGUGUCCUUUUUGGAUAACUGCUUCAAUAAUUCAUUUAAUUUAAUGAAAUCCUUGAAUGAAAUUAAAGGUUAUAUAGCCGAAGAAAGAAACUUUAAAAAUGACAAAAUAAUUUCAAACAAGUUAAACAAGAGCGCAAAGUUAAAUUCCCUAGAUUGCUCUAUUUACAAUGCAGAUAUUUUGACCCAAUGUCAAGAAAGUAAAAAUGAUUUUAAAAAGUAUUUAAAGAAUUGGGGUUUGCCCAUUGAAAUUGUGACAAAGUAUGAACAGAAAGGGAUUCAAGAGAUGUUUCAAUGGCAAGUUGACUGUUUAAGUAAUCCAAAGGUGUUAUUAAAUUGUUCAAAUUUAGUUUAUUCAGCUCCUACUUCUGCUGGGAAAACUUUGGUGGCUGAAAUAUUGACUAUCAAAACAGUACUUGAACGACAGAAGAAAGUAAUAAUAAUUUUACCGUUUGUGUCCAUUGUGCGGGAAAAAAUGUUUUAUUUGCAGCAUAUUUUAUCAAGUUCAGGUAUUCGAGUUGAAGGCUUCAUGGGAUCCCAAUCUCCACCUGGAGGACUACAAUCAGUGCAUAUUGCUAUUUGCACAAUUGAAAAAGCUAACAGUUUAGUAAAUAAAUUAUUGGAUGAAAACAGUAUUUCUGAACUUGGUGCUAUAAUUGUGGAUGAACUCCAUUUACUUGGUGAUUCUCAUAGAGGAUAUAUUUUAGAGCUUCUUUUAACUAAAAUCAAGUAUAUAACUAAUAAAAUGGAUGAUGUACAAAUCCAGAUUAUUGGAAUGUCAGCUACACUUCCUAAUUUAGAAGUUUUGUCUACUUGGUUGGAUGCAGAACUUUAUGUAACAGAUUUCAGACCAAUUCCUUUAGAUGAAUUUUGUUUAAUUGGUAAUAAGUACUAUGAUAAGAAUGGAAAGUUUACAAGCAAUAUAAAGAGGAUAUCUGAAAAUGAAGACAGUGAUUAUGUAUUAAAUAUUUGCCUUGAAACUAUUAAGGAAGGUUGUUCCAUAUUAAUUUUUUGUAUGACAAAAACCAGAUGUGAAAACUUAGCGCAAAGUAUUGCAUCAUCAUUUCUUAAAUUAGGUUGCAGUGGAAAUGAAGUAGGGUCCUUUUUAAGGGAUCAACUUAAAACAGAUAAUAUUGCAGAAGUUUUAGAGCAACUGAAAAAUUGUCCGGUGGGCCUAGAUCAGGUAUUAAAAAAUGUUGUAUCUUUUGGUGUAGCUUAUCAUCAUGCUGGCCUUACAUUUGAUGAAAGGGACAUAAUAGAAGGAGGAUUCAAAUCUGGUGCCAUUCGUGUUUUGGUAGCAACAUCUACAUUAAGUUCAGGGGUGAAUUUACCAGCCAGAAAAGUUAUAAUAAGGUCUCCUGUGUUUCAAAGACAACCAAUCAAUAUUUUAACAUAUAAACAGAUGGUAGGAAGAGCUGGCCGAAUGGGAAAAGACACUAAGGGUGAAAGUAUUCUUGUAUGCACACAGGUAGAACAAAAAAUUGGUUUUGAUCUUAUGAUGGGUGCUUUGGAUCCUGUAAAAAGCUGCAUAGAAACAGAAGACAAGUUUAUGAGAGCCGUAAUAGAAAUGAUUGCUAGUCAAGCUGUUUGCACUAAGUCAGAAUUAGAUCUCUAUUCGAAAUGUACUUUACUUUUUAGACAAUCAAUCUCUUCUUCGCAAGACUCUUUAUUAGAAAAUACUUUGAAACAAUUAAUUGAUUUUGAGUUGGUCAGAAUUCAAAUGAAUGGUUCUGAAGAACGAUAUGUCGCGACGUCUUUAGGGAAGGCUUGUCUUUCUUCAAGCAUGGCACCCAAUGAUGGUUUGUCAUUAUUUUGUGAGUUACAAAAAGCACGGCAGUGCAUUGUUUUGGAAACUGAUUUACAUCUUAUAUAUCUAGUCACACCAUAUAGUGUCAGUAGUCAAUGGGCAGACUUGGAUUGGUUGCAUCUUCUAACGUUAUGGGAAUCUUUAACAGUUGCAAUGAAAAAAGUUGGUGAACUUAUUGGGGUUCAAGAAAGCUUUAUAAUCCGCUGCCUGAGAGGAGCAAAUAAAUCUGCAUGCAAGAAUAAGCUAAACAUUCAUAAAAGGUUCUAUACGGCCUUGGCUCUUCAAGAUUUAGUCAAUGAAGUACCUCUUUCGGACGUAGCUACGAAGUUUCAGUGUGCGCGAGGUUUUCUUCAAGGACUUCAACAAGCUGCUGCAACUUUUGCUGGUAUGGUUACGGCUUUCUGCCGUCAACUAGGCUGGAAAAAUAUGGAAUUACUUGUUUCACAAUUUCAAGAUCGACUCCACUUUGGAGUUCAUUCAGAUCUAUUAGAUUUAAUGAAGCUAUCGUCCUUAAAUGGCGUAAGAGCGCGAACGCUUUUCGAUGCUGGAUUUGAGACAAUUUCUAGUAUCGCUUCGGCAGAUGUUAACGUUAUAGAAAAUGCUUUGUAUAAGGCUGUACCAUUCCAGAGUGAAAAGGGCAGAGAAGGUGAUGAUUUGGCUGAUGUUCGUAAAAGGAACAAAAUUCGAAAUAUCUGGAUAACAGGUUUUUGUGGUAUGACUGCAAAGGAGGCAGCAGAAAAGCUUAUUCAAGAAGCCAGAAAAUAUGUGGAAUUAGAAAUUGGUGUAGCGGAAAUAAAAUGGGAAAACAAAUCAAGUGCUGAAAAUGGAUGUGCUGAUGAUGAUAUGCAACUACAAAAAGUAAAUGAUACCGAAAGUGAAAGCAACCCUCCGAAGAGUGAUGAAAAAAGUGUUCUGUGUAGUACAUUAGAACGGGAGGUAUUGGUCCCACUAAAGAGUAAUCAAAUAGCAUUAGAUAAUACUUCUAUUGUACAAAUUGAACCUGAAAAAGAAUCUGAGAAGGGAAUUUUGGAGAAAAACAAUUCAGUUCAGGAUGCAAGUAAUAUUUAUGAGGCUGAUAUUAACGUGAAAGAGAGAACAUUACAAAAUCAUACGAAAUACUUAACAUUAAAGUUAAAGAACGAUACAUUAUGGGAUUCAUUGAACAUAAAUGAUACUGCUUUGGAUAAUAUUUCAAAACUUCCUUUGUCUGCUAAAGUAUUAUCACCAAAUAUAAGCUUUGGUGAAUUUGAACAAAAUAUUGAUUCAAUAGAAACUAAAAAUAAUAAGUCAUAUAGCACAAGUGUAAAAGAUGUCAGUAUGUUUUCAUCUGAAGGUGAUAAUUCGAGUCUAUUUGAAGAUAGCUUACCCUUAGAUUUAAUUCCAAGCACUGUAGUUGGUAAGAAAAAAGAAUCUGUUCAAAAUGAAAUUAACACACAAUAUAUUAAUUCUAGUUCAAUAUUAGAAGCGUUCAAAACGUCUGUUAUUGAUGAGGAUGAUAACAUGAAAUUAGUUUACGAUGCAGAUGCUGUUGAAAAGACUGAUUUUGAUAAAGUUAAAAAAGAAAUUUUAACUUGUAUACCUGAUGAUAUAGAUGAGAUUUCGACUCAAGCUGUUACUGAAUCUUGGGUUCAUAAAGACUUCAUUAGUCCGUUAAAACGCGCAAAUAAAUCUAUUAAAAAUACCUCUCAACCUCAGGCCAAAAGAAAAAAGCAUUCUAGAUCAAUCUCGAAUAUAAAAACAAUAUCAAAUACAAAACACUUUCAAAUGAAAUCUAUAAAGUCAUCGAAUUUAAAAAUGAAAGUGAAUAACAACAUCAUCGAUUGUUAUAUUUUAAGGGAAAACGAUGUUGUUCUUAAUUUGGGAAUUUUGGAUACAAUCGAUUCAGCUAGUUUUAUUUCCAUUAAUUACGAACCAAUAAAUUGUGCAAACAGAAUAGGAACAAAUAUUCUGGAAGAUAAGUCUGUAAGGAGCAGUCGAUUAAGAACAUUUAAUUCAAAGUCUCCGACGCAUGGAAUAUGUCUUUAUUUCCGGCCUGCUAUUUGCAUAUUUCUCGAUUUGUCUUCACUUAAUAAUUUGAAGGAAUUUACAAAUAAAUUGAUGAAAAUUUUGAUGAGAUCUACUUUAAAACUACGAUCUAUGUCGGUUAAGACACAUUAUUUGUAUCUUAUGAAGUUAUUGGGUUAUUUUUCACAAACAUUUUCCGAUGUAUUUGUUGCUGAGUGGUUAAUGGAUAACAAAGAAGAGAUGUCUAACCUUCGUGAGUUGACAAAGAAAUAUCGUGAUAUCGAUUUGUUAAAAACAAACAUCACAGUCGAUGGUAGUACGAAGAAUUAUAAUGAAUUAGAUAAAAUUGAAGAGGCCUGUCUUAAAUCGUGGAGUUUGUUUAAUAUUGCUGACGAACAAGACAAAUGCUUCUUCGAUAAAUACCAAUUUGCCAAGUCUGUUAUAGAUUUAGAAAAUCACGUAUUAAAAAUAUUGGCCUAUAGCGAAUACCAGGGCAUCAUGGUUGAUAAGGAACUCGCAUCUCGACUAUUGGUAGAUGUGAGAAACUCGCAAGAGAUACUUCAAAAAAAGGCAUACAAGAUAUGCGGAUAUCACUUUAAUUUUAAUUCGUCAAAGGAUGUCGCCAAGGUAUUGGGUAUUUACAAAGGUCGCAAGGUAAGUACGAAGAAAAGCGUGCUUACGGCCCAUAACAGUCAGAUGGCGAGCAUUGUGAUCUAUUGGAGGAAACUCAACUCGAUUCUGACGAAGACCUUGUACCCACUCACUGAAAAGGCUUACAUGUAUAGUUCGGAUAAUAAGAUAAAUCCUUCGUACACGAUGUUCACUUGCACCGGUCGGAUUAGUAUGCACGAACCGAACUUACAAAACGUGCCUCGAACAUUUUCCAUACCCAUGAAAUACCUGAAAGUUGUGGACGACUUUGAACCUUGUGACGAAGUAGCAGAGUUCAAUUGUAGGAACAUUUUUAAAGCGUCACCGGGCUUUGUGUUUGUUUCGGCGGAUUAUUGCCAACUGGAAAUGAGAAUCUUAACCCACUACAGUAAGGACGCGGUUUUGUCUCGGAUUAUGAAAUCGGAUGUGGACGUUUUUAAGUCUAUAGCCGCUUCCUGGGGCGGAGUUCCAGAGAACCAGGUGGAUGACGAUCUCCGGCAGAAAGCGAAGCAGCUAUGUUACGGAAUACUUUACGGGAUGGGCAAUCGUACAUUGUCUCAACAUUUGGAUGUAUCCGAGAUGGAAGCUGCCGUAUUCAUGGAUAGUUUUUACAAAACGUACCCCGAUGUUCGGAAGUUUACCCAAAAUGUGGUCCAGGAGUGUAGAAGCAACGGAUAUGUGGAGACGUUGAUGAAGCGUCGACGAUAUCUACCUGAUAUUAAUAGCCUCGUGGUUUAUAAGAGAAAUACUGCAGAACGCCAAGCAGUAAAUACGACAAUACAAGGGUCAGCGGCAGACAUAGCAAAGGCGGCAAUGUGUGCCAUAGAUAAUAAAACCAAUAGAGAUACAAAGCCCCACCUCGUUCUACAAAUGCACGAUGAACUUAUCUAUGAAGUGAUCGAACAUAAGAAAAAAGAUUUUAUUAAAGUUUUGAAAGAAGUCAUGGAAACCACAGUUAGAUUAAAUGUACCUUUGCCAGUCAAAGUGAAGGCGGGAUAUACGUGGGGUGCCUUGGAAGAAGUUAAAUUGUAAUAUAAAAUUAUGUAAUUGAAAUUAGAAAAUUUAUUAAUGUAUGUGCUGUGAUAUUUUUCAAAUAAUGUAAUGUGCCUUAAUAAAAUG